UGACCGACCCUCGCCCCCGAGCCCACCUCUCUCUCUCUCCCUCCCUCUCUACGCUUUCUCUUUCUAGAAACCGUAUUUGUCUGAGCCACGACGGAGCCCGCUCUGUUGCUUCAAUUCGACUCUCAUUUCGCAAUUGAAGAGAGAGAGAGAGAGAGAGAGAGAGUGCGUGCGUGCGUGCGUGCUCGAUUUUGGUUUGGAGAAGCUUUUGGAGCUGAGUUUCUGAGAUGUGUUAAUGGCUUACAGAAAUGGCGUCCAGAAGGGGGCUCUGAAGCUCGACAGGCCUCUGUCUUUGAACUCCAACCCGAAGUCUUCUCCUUCUUCGUCUUCUUCUUCUUCUUCUUUGAAAUCCAAGCCAGGCUCCGGUCCCCGCCGCAGCAGCACCGGCUCGAUCGGCAGCGGCGGCUCCUCCUCCGGCAAGGACGUCGCUGGAGUUUCUGGGAGAGUUCGAGUUGCUGUAAGACUACGGCCACGCAAUGCAGAGGAGUUGGUGUCUGAUGUUGAUUUUGCUGAUUGUGUAGAGUUACAGCCAGAGCUCAAACGGUUAAAACUACGGAGAAACAACUGGGAUUCAGAUACCUAUGAGUUUGAUGAAGUUCUGACUGAAUUUGCUUCACAAAAGCGUGUAUAUGAAGUCGUGGCAAAACCUGUGGUUGAAAGUGUUCUUGAUGGUUACAAUGGCACAGUCAUGGCAUAUGGACAGACUGGUACUGGGAAAACUUAUACACUAGGGCGACUUGGAGAAGAAGACACGGCUGAUAGGGGAAUAAUGGUUCGUGCAAUGGAGGAUAUCUUGGCAGAAAUUUCCCCACAGACAGAUUCUGUCUGUGUCUCCUAUUUGCAGCUUUAUAUGGAAACUAUACAAGACCUACUUGAUCCUGCUAAUGACAACAUAUCUAUCAUGGAAGAUCCAAAGACAGGAGAUGUUUCACUCCCAGGUGCUACUGUUGUAGAAAUUAGGGACCAACAGAGUUUUGUGGAACUUCUAUGUUUAGGGGAAGCUCAUCGCUUUGCUGCUAACACAAAGCUGAACACGGAAUCUUCUCGUAGCCAUGCCAUUCUGAUGGUACAUGUCAAGAAGUCUAUCAAGGGGAAAGAUCCUGCUCUUCCAAGUCAAAAUGGAAAUGCAUCUGACAUGCUUAAAACUUUAAGGCCCCCCAUAGUUCGGAAAGGCAAGCUAGUUGUGGUAGAUCUUGCAGGUUCAGAACGAAUUGACAAGUCUGGAAGCGAAGGGCAUACAUUAGAGGAAGCCAAGAGUAUUAAUCUCUCACUUAGUGCAUUAGGGAAAUGUAUUAAUGCAUUGGCAGAGAAUAGUGCGCAUGUUCCAAUACGUGAUUCAAAGCUAACAAGGCUGCUUCGAGAUUCAUUUGGCGGCACUGCAAGAACUUCACUAGUUGUUACAAUUGGUCCCUCUCCACGCCAUCGAGGAGAGACAGCAAGUACCAUAAUGUUUGGACAGAGGGCUAUGAAGGUGGAGAAUAUGCUGAAGAUAAAGGAAGAGUUUGAUUAUAAGAGUCUGUCCAGAAGGCUAGACAUACAGUUGGACAAACUCAUUGCAGAGCAUGAGAGGCAGCAAAAGAGGUUCCAGGAUGAGAUUGAAGGAUUAACUACAGAAGCACAGAGACGUAUUUCUGAGGCAGAGAGGAAUUUUGCUGAUGCUUUGGAGAAGGAAAAAUUGAAAUAUCAGAAAGACUAUACUGAGUCUUUGAAGAAGCUUGAGGAGCAAUGGUCAAAAGACCAACAAAACCAUGCAGUUGGUAAUACCAGAACUGAACCCAAGGAUGAUGGCCUCAUCAAGAGAAAUAGGGAAGAGAUUGUUGCUGCUGAGGAGGUUGCUGAGUUGAAAAGAUUGCUUCAAGAAGAAACUGUUUUGAGAAAAUCUGCAGAAGAGGAAGUUGGUAAUCUUAGGAAUCAACUAAUACAAUGGAAAAUUUCGGAGGAAGCAGGGAAUUCUGAGAUCUCAAAGCUUCACAAAAUGCUCGAAGAUGAGGUACAUCAGAAACAGAAACUUGAACAAGAAAUAGCUGUACUGCAAAGUCAACUGUUCCAACUAAGUUUUGAGGCUGAUGAGGCAAGAAGAAGACUUGAUGGACGAGGAGGUGGUCAAGUUCCCAGUGGUUUGGAGUCGCUCGUUUCCCAAGUUGGGCAUCCCCAGCUGAGAGAUUCGGGCAAUGGGGAGAAGGCCUCAAUUGCAAAACUUUUUGAACAAGUGGGAUUGCAAAAGAUCUUGUCAUUGCUGGAAGCAGAAGAUGCUGAUGUCCAAAUUCAUGCUGUAAAAGUUGUGGCAAAUCUAGCUGCUGAAGAAACCAAUCAAGAAAAGAUUGUAGAAGCUGGAGGUCUUACCUCCUUGUUGAUGCUUCUUAGAAGUUCUGAGGAUGAGAUAGUUCACAGAGUUGCAGCUGGUGCAAUUGCAAAUCUUGCAAUGAAUGAAACGAACCAGGAGCUUAUAAUGGUUCAAGGGGGCAUUAAAUUGUUGUCAAUGACAGCAUCUAAAGCCGAGGAUCCUCAAACCCUUCGCAUGGUAGCUGGAGCCAUAGCUAAUCUUUGCGGCAAUGAUAAGUUACAAGCCAAGCUGAGAGGUGAAGGUGGUAUCAAGGCCUUGCUAGGAAUGGUGAGAUGCAGGCAUCCUGAUGUUCUUGCUCAAGUUGCCCGUGGGAUUGCAAACUUUGCAAAAUGUGAAUCUAGGGCUUCUAAUCAAGGUACUAGAAGUGGAAAGUCCUUUCUGAUUGAAGAUGGUGCACUCCCAUGGAUUGUACAAAAUGCCAACAAUGAAGCCUCCCCAAUCAGGCGCCAUAUCGAGCUUGCACUCUGCCAUUUAGCACAGCACGAGGCAAAUGCGAAGGAUAUGAUUAGUGGAGGCGCCUUGUGGGAGAUUGUUCGCAUCUCACAAGACUGUUUACGACAGGACAUAAGGGCUCUUGCUCGGAGGACUCUGAAUUCGAGCCCGGCUUUCCAGGCUGAGUUAAAACGGCUCAGGAUAGAUUAUGGAUGAUGAUAAGGCGUGCAACAAGUAGCAGAAGAACACCCCCCUCCCCCUCCCUCCUCAAGUUGGAGGCUGGUGGUUCUACCAAUCUCAACUUGGAGAUGAUGGAAUGAUGAUGAGAAGAUCCCAACGACUUAGUAAAGAUGUCUGCAAGUUGAGUAGCCGAUGAAACAUGCAAAAGAUGAAUAAAUCCCUUCUUUCAGUGUUUCAUGGACAAGAUGACGAUCAAUAUCCAAAUGUUUUGUACGUUCAUAGAAGACUGGAUUCGUGGCAAUGUGAAUAGCUGCUUGGCUAUUGCAAUGAAGAGGAAUCAGAAGAGAAAUUGAGAUCUGGAAUGUUUGCAGCAAAUAGGGAAUCCACAGUAACUCACAUACUGUGGUUGCCCUACUUCAAUAUUCUGCUUCGGCAGAGGAUCAUGAAACAGUGGAUUGCUUUUUCAUUUUCCAGGAUAUCAAGGCAGAACCAAAGAAGAUAUAGUAAUCUGUGAGAGAUUUUCAAGAAAAGGAACAAGAUGCCUAAUCGGCAUCACAAAAUGCUGUAAGAGCUAGAGUAGAAUCGGUGU